UGACAGCGAUUUGACGUGGUUUUGACAGUUGAUAAUUUGCAAUAAUCGUGAUAAAUGAUAACAAAAAGAGUACUAUCAGUUGUUCCUUGGCGUAAUUUCCAACAUUUCAACAAUGGGUGAUCACUGUGUACAACGUGAUUAAAGUAGUGAGUGAUUAACCCAAGAUAUGGAGCGACAGGGGAGCAACAAGAAUAAGGCCAAAAAUUGGCUGCACCGCUUCCUGAAGCUGAAAAACCGCUUCCAGGAGCGAUCAGACUUCGACUCCGACGUGUACACAAAACAGGGGUUCGAGCCCCCCGAGUCGAAGUCCCACAGGAGCAGUUUCCGGAGAAGCCUCAAGAAGAUGCACACCCGAGUGAAAAGCUGCAUGUUUUCGCAGGAAAACGCAACCCCGAAACGUCCAGUGACCAUUAGUGAGGUCCCCUGCACUUCGAGAAUUCCAGAAGCCACGAUUCCCGUCGCUGAAAUUUACGAACAUUCGAACUGUGCGCUUUUGGGGGGCUCCACGCCGCCGCCGAUCCCCGUGCGCGUGCCGGAGGCUCCUGUGGAAAUGCGCACCCACCGAAUACCCACAGACGAGAUUAUUAGUCUUUCGAACUGUUACUGGUACUGGGGGCCCAUGCCCACCGCCGAAGCCGAGGAGAAGUUGCAGUUUAAACCCGAUGGCACGUUUCUAGUCCGCGAUUCGGGGUCAACCAAUUACUUGUUUAGUAUUAGUUUUCGCAGUGUAGGAAAGACAAUGCAUGCUAGGAUUGAGUAUAGUAGAGGGAGGUACAAUCUGUGUGGUACCUAUGCUGAGGGAUUUACAACAGUGACCGAGUUGAUUCAAGAUGCGAUGAAAACGUCCGAAAAUGGAAUUUAUUGCUACUCGCGAAGGGGUGAACAAGCGUACGAGUUUCCUGUUAGACUGACUAAGCCAAUUUCGAGGUAUGAAGAAGUGAGGUCGCUUAAACAUUUGUGCAAGUUUGUUAUAAGGCAAUAUACUAAUAUGAAUGAUAUACCGAAACUGCCUUUGCCCACUGUGCUUCACGGCUAUUUGUUGGAGAAACCGUAUUUUUAAUUCGAUGCAUUUGUACUUAUUGUUGGGAUUUAUUCAGUUGUCUUCCAAGAUUUGACUUUGUUUUCUUGGUUUUGAACCGCUGAGCGGCUUUUUUCUAUUUAUUAAAUGAUUGCUCCGUCCGCUCAAAUGUUGAAUAAAUCCAACCAGUUUUUAGUUACGUAGGAAUAAAUUACUUAUCAAUUGCAUUUUGUAAUGACAUUUUUAGAGGUAUAAUACUACCGUGUCCAAGUUUGAUUAAUGUCGUAGGUAAAUUGUAAAAUCAGGCGAAUUUAUAAAACUAGUAAUUUGUAAACGACUGGGCAAAUAAUAAAUGAGUGCGACUGAAAAUUAUAACGCGCAAGUCAGGAUUGUUGAAAUUUAAAACAUUAAAGCAAUAAUAGGACGUUUUUAAAUAAAACGUUAAAAAUGUUACGGUGAUAAGUAUAAAGAAAACUUUCGAGAGUAGUGCAGAUAUUUCAAAGGGUGAUAGUAGAACUCUAAAGAAGUGAGAACUUGCCUUUAAAUUUAAAUUUGGGAUGCAUCUUUUAGUGUUUUUUAUUAAACUACCUAACUUCAAUAAUAAAGUGGUAUUUCAGUUACAAUUAGCUUACGACAUUUCGUUUCGAAUACCAAGUGAAAAAGGUUUAUGAAGUUUCAAAUAAAAUUAUUUUUUAAUUUUCUGUUCAUCGCCUAUUAAUUUUAGUGUUUUUCAAAUCGUAUUUUCGGACUGAGGUAGUAGUACAUUUUUUACGGUCUGGCUAGUCCUGUGAAUAGAAAACCUAUUUAAGAUAGCUGUAGAUGUCUGAACAAACGGUUCAAAAGUAUUUCAGAUAUUUAGCAUCAGAGAAAAGCAAUUUAAUAAAUAAUUGUUUCCCAGAAAAUAACAUAGAUAUUCAGGUUUCCCAAUACUUAUUUUAACACUUGAAAAAGUAGUGUAUCUGAUUUGUGUAAAGUAUGUCUAGAAUUUGAUUACCAAUGUUUAAAGAUAUGUAAGAUUUUUCAUUGUAGUUUGUCGUCAGAGGACAAAAUUUUUUUCUAAGAAUAUUAGCAAAGAAACAAUUGUAAAAAUUAAUUCAAACAGGUGAACAGCUAUUUUAACUAUACAGCAGAAAUCAAUUGAGUUUAUGAUUAUGACUAACUAGUAAUUGGUUAGUCAGAAAAUGGAUUAAAGUAAACAGCAAAAAAUUAAAUUUAAAACCAGUGACCUCCUAACACUUGGCCAUUAUUAAGUCUUUUGAAAAAUAAAUUCGUGUUGUUUUGACGUGUGUUUAAAAAUAUAGUUUUCUUUUAUGUGAACUAAACAUUAAAAAUUCAUUGUAGUGAACUUAAACGUACGAUGCUAAGAACUGUUAUAAGGACACUAACAAAUGUCCAAGUUCAAUAAAACAUUGAACGUUUAAAACUUCAGAAUAUUUCUAUUGUCACAGUUGUGUAAUUUGGGGUGUCGGUUGCAAUAAAAAGCUGAUUUUAAAUAAUGAAAUACACUAGUUUGGAUGUAACAAUCUUGUUGAUAACAUUGAUUAAAUGUUGAUAAGUUGCAGUUAUCAAGCCUAAAGAAUGAAUCACCUUGAUAAAUUGUCGGAUAGUUUGAGAAAACUAUAACUUGGUAAUUAACAAAAUUUAUUAAAUUGAGAACAUGUUAAAACUUGUACAGAUUUAUUUUUGAACCGUUUGUGCAUAAACUAUCUUGUACAGAAUUGUAUUUUAGUUAUUAUCGUGUUAAAUAAUGAUUAGGUUUGUUUGAAAUUUUUAUUUGACUGAACAAGAAUUUAUAAUCGUUAUUCCUAUUACCCAAAUGAUUCGCCAAUAUCCUUUCCACGUCUAUUUAGAGAGAAAAAUACAUGUUAGUUUUGUAAAACAUUAUAUAAUUCUAUUUUGGUAUUUUGCGAAUCACGCAGUAAUACGUGAACUGAAAAUACAUGAUUAUUGAGUCAAAAUAUUUGUUAUAGAGUUAACUAAGAUAUUUAAAUUUGUAAUAAAUAUAAAUAAAACAGCAAAUAACUUGGA